AGAAGGCAAAGACGAGGAGGAGAAGAAGAAGGAAGAAAGGAAAGGGCAAGAACAGGGAAGGAGGCGUCGCUGGAGCUCCGGGGGAGCCUUGCGGAGGGCUUGGGCGACCUUCUCCUUCUUGGCCAGUGGCCCAUGGAGCCAGGCUCGCCUCCUCUUCGUCCCUAGGCAGCCUCUUCGUCCUUUUCCCAGCGCCAUCUGGCUCCUUCCCUGCUGCAGCCAUCAUGGGAGACGUCAUCUCAGCACACCUGGACGAGAGCCGCCGGCAGUUCAUCGCAGAGAAAACAAGCAAGGUCCUUGCCGACUUCUGCCAGUUCUACGAAGAGCAGUACGGCGUUGCGCUUUUCAACAGUGUCCGCUAUGAAAUUGAAGGCGGAGGGGGACCCCAACCUCAGCUCUUGCACCGCAAGGUCCCACUGGAGGAGCGCACCAUUUUCUCGGGGAACGUCUUCCAAUACUUGGAGGAGAACAAGAAGUGGAGGAACCGCUUCAGCCUCGUGCCCCACAACUAUGGGUUGGUGCUCUACGAGAACAAGCUGGCGUAUGAAAGGGGACUGCAGCCUCGAAUCCUUAUCAAUAGUGCCGGCUACAAGAUCCUCACCUCCCUGGAACAGUACUUGGAAUUGCUCAACAGUAACUUACCAGGCCCUACACCCAAGUCGGGCAACGCCUCCAUCUUGAAAUGUCCCACCCAGUUCCCCCUCAUCCUUUGGCACCCUUACGCUCGGCAUUACUACUUCUGUGUGAUGACCGGCAAGGAGCAAGAGAAGUGGCGAGCUGUCUUCCAGGAUUGUGUGCGACACUGUAACAACGGAAUCCCAGAGGACUCCAAAGUGGAAGCUCCUGCCUUCACAGAUGCCGUCCGCAUGUACCGUCAGUCGAAGGAACAGUAUGGCACUUGGGACAUGCUCUGUGGCAAUGAGGCACAGGUCUUGAGCAAUUUGGUGAUGGAGGAGCUCCUUCCCGAACUGAAGAACAUGAUUGGCCCCCGGCUGAAGGGCAAAGCCCAGGAGAGGCACAGGGUGUGGAUCCAGGUCUCUGAUGCUGUGUACAGGAUGGUCUAUGACCAGACGAAAGCCCGUUACGAUGCGGCUGUGACAGAAUGUGACCUUCAGGCUCCUAAGUUGAAGAGCACCAUCCGCACAGAUAUGGACCAGAUCAUCCAAUCCAAAGAGCACUUGGCCAGCAAGAUACGAGCUUCCGUCUUCUCCAAAGCUGAGAUCUGCGUCCGGAACCAUGUCCAACCAUACAUCCCUUCCAUCCUGGAAGCCCUGAUGAUCCCCACCAGCCAGGGCUUUGCCGAGGUACGGGAGGUCUUCUUCAAGGAAGUCACCGACAUGAACUUGAAUAUCGUCAACGAAGGGGGAACAGAGAAGCUGGGGGAGUACAUGGAGAAACUUUCUCAGCUGGCUUUCCACCCCGUCAAGAUGCAAUCCUGUUAUGAGAAGAUGGACCAGCUGAAGUUGGAGGGCCUCCAGCAGAGGUUUGAUGUGUCCAGUGCCUCAGUGUUCAAGCAAAGGGCCCAGAUCCUGAUGAGGCAGCAAAUGGACGAUACGGUCUACACUUUUGAGACACUCCUCCAUCAGGAGCUGGGGAAGUCGCUCAGCAAAGACGAACUGUGCAAAGCUAUCCAGCGCAUCCAGGAGCGUGUGCUCAAGAAAUAUGACUAUGACAGCAGCACGGUGAGGAAGAAGUUCUUCCGGGAAGCCCUCUUGCAAAUCACCAUUCCCUUCCUACUGAAGAAGUUGGCACCCACAUGCAAAGGGGACCUGGCAAGGUUCCAGGAGCUGAUUUUCGAGGACUUUGCCCGCUUCAUCCUGGUGGAGAACACGUAUGAAGAAGUGGUCCUCCAGUCGGUCAUGAAAGACAUUAUGAUGGCUGUGAAGGAGGCAGCCGUGCAGCGGAAACACAACCUGUAUCGUGACAGCAUUGUGAUGCACAACAGUGACCCCAACCUGCACUUGCUGGGCGAGGGGACACCCAUCAACUGGGGGGAGGAAUUUGGCAGCCAGGAAGAAUCCGAUCCAGCGGAUGAGAAGCAGCGCAGGGCUAAGCAAGUGGUGUCAGUCAUCCACACAGACGAAGGGACCCCAUCCUAUGAUGUCACUUCCUUGGAGGCAUCACCAGAUGCGACAGAGCCAGAGGAAUCUGAAGGUGGCCCAACACCGACGCAGGGUUCCCCCAGCAGCCUGAAAGAGUUGCGUACAAUGUUGGUGAAGGAAUUCCACGUGGAAUCCCCGGUUGCUGUUGGUGGAAAGGCCGAGGAACCCCUAAGCAAUGGCACCAUUAUCCAAGAGAGCAAAGGAAUUGCAGAGCAUAGGGAGGAGGAGAAAGAAAAGGAAGCUGCUCCGGUGAUAGAAGAACAUCUGCCAGAAGAUUCUGCUGAAUGCCAGAGAAAUGUACAAGAAGCCAAGGAUGCCACACCGGCAGAUGAAUCACCUUCCCCAGCUGUUGACAGGGGAUCCCAAGGGAACCACCGUGAACCCGGUGAUAAGGAGACGGGAGAGGUGGCAACUCAGGUCCAGGAGGUGAAAGCAGAGCCAUCCUUGGAGAACAGCCCUGGAGUCACAGACAACAGCGAGGGGACGCAGACUCAGUUCUAGGAAUCGUGACCCUUGCUGGCUUACAAGAGAGGUUUUCUCUCGACCACGUAAACACCAAAGGAGGCAGGAACUCUGCAAAACAGGGGUGGGAGGUGGAGAGGAUAUAGAGACCACCUAGGCUGGUCCAGUAACACCCUUACCUUUGUAUGUGCUCAAUCCCAAUGGAAGAGGUUGCCUCUUUUAUUUGAUGGGGGGGGGGGGAGAGAAUGAACCGGAUGCCUCUCAGAAGCAGGGUUGAGCUUUCUGGGCCACGUAGCCGCAACGUGGAUUCGUUCCCCCAAUCCCUUCUUUGCACCUUUUCUCUCUGUCUGUCUUUCACAAUGGGAGUGUUUGGGAUGUGGGUGUUGGCUCUCCUCCACCUGUUUCUACUGAAAAGACACUUUAUCGGGGAUGCUAAGAAAUGCCUGGAGCAGCGGAACAAAGAAUGGCAGCUGGAAUCUGUAUGGCAAAUGCUUUCCCCAUAUCUGUUCUGAGCUGUCCCCUAACUUGGUUAUUUGUCGAAGCUCCCCUAGAUGCCUUCUCCCUCCUCCAAGACGUUUUCUUUACCCCAUAGAUGUGAGAGUCUGACUUCUUUUUUUGUUUUUGUUAAUCUGUUGGGUGUCUCCUUCCCCCAUCUCCACUUUAACAAUUACAGGGUGGCUGAUUUUGUCCGGUCUACCCUUCCUUGGGCUUGUGGCAAGAUGUGUUCCCAUCUCAGAUCCCCACCAAGUCUUAACAUUGCUUCAAUGGGUUUGACAUGGCAAGGAGAGCAGCUGUUCUUUCCCUGUCUCCUGGUCCUCUUCCAGAAUUGUGGAGUGAGUCCAUGAGUUCCAAUUGCAGGAUCCUGUAGGUGAAGCAUGAGCAUGAGUCUUGGCUUGAGAAUGGAAGUGUAUAAGAACUAGUUUUGGAAGGUCUAUCUAGAAGCUGUUUUGGAGCAGAGCAAUAUUUGUAUCUGUCUGGAAGCAAGUGGACAAAUAGUUUCUAUCACUGUUGUAGUUGCAGCAUAGAUAACACUCUCAGUGAGCUAGGAUGGGAAUCAAGGCCCUCCAAAGUUGUUGGACUGAAACUCCCUACCUAGCAUAGCCCCUGGGGAGGAAUGCUGGGAGUUGCAGUCCAGAAACAUCUGGAAGGCCUUCAGGCAUCCAGGCCUUGUGUUACUGUCCACCAACAUGUGCCUGUUUUUAAUGGCUGAAAAGGUUAACAGACUGGAAAACCUAAAUGCCAUGUAUGUGUGUGUAUGGACAUCCAUAUGUAUGUAGAGUUAAGUAAAGAGCUAUGGUCAUGGUGGGAUUGAGUAUCUUUCAUGAUGCAUGUUGCGGGGACAUUUUUGAUUUGGGAACAGACCCUGUUAGACAGGAAAAUCCUAUAGAUGGGUGUUACGUACCUGAGGAAGACUUGAUAAGGGAAAUGGCCAAUGAUCUCGACUCCACACUUCUUCCUACCUGGAGUUGUAACAUUCCAAUUUCCAUGUCCGUGUUCCAUAUUUUUUGAUAGUUUCUGUUAAAUGAUGGGGGGAAAUUUGCCCUUUUGGGCUCAUCGUGUUUGUUUCAAAAGUGCCUUAUUGUUUUGGAUCCAAAGCCUGCCUUUUCCUGUCUCUCUCCGAGAUAGUUUAUUGCAGAUCUUAUACCAAAUGUUUAAGAAAGAAAUGUGCUUAUAUAUAUAUAUUAAUAAUAAAAUCCAGCUUUAUUUAAUGCCAGCACGACCCGUCUCAUCCUUAGCACAAUGUGGACUCUCUUGAACACGUUGGUUGACGUGUCUCCCACGGAGAAGGUGGUGUGAAGAUCACCUGUUGUUGUUGUUGUUGUGUACCUCCAAGUCAACCAUGCAACCUCUCAGUUCUCCAAGUGAAUUACAACAGCACCAAGGUGGGAGACAACCACUACCCCUCUGCACUCCUCUGGUGGGUCACACUGUCACAUUUCAACAUGUCACUUCUGGUGGCCAUUUGGGGCAAUUUUUUGGACUUCUAGGGGGUUUGAAGAAGGUAAACCUCCUGUCUGGGGUCAUUUGGGAUAAAAAAUAACCUGAAAAUUGGUGUAAAAGAUUAAAAUUUGGGGUUUAAGGCUUGCAGUUUGGGGAGCUUUGGGCACUGCACCUUAGAGUCCCAAAGCGACACUUUGUCCAAGCCUGGUAUUCAUGACGGCUAACCUUGGAAACAGUUGGUUAAGAAUUAAUGCACUGGGCCCUGGUUUUCUUUAUAUUUUUCAGCCACUCUUUAAAAUUGCCUCAUUUCAAUAAUUUACAUAAUUAGUAAAUGUUUUAAAAUUUAAGAGUGGUUCUGUUGUUGUUGUUGCAUGCUCUCAAGUCAUUUCUGAUUUAUGGUGACCCCAUCAUCAGGUUUUCUUAGCAAG